GUCAACAACUGUUGACUGUGUUUUUGUGGUUUCCCCUUUCCUUAAGUUUUCCAUGACGUGUAAACUUACAAGUUUCUAAUUACGAUCCAUACAGUUUUCUGAUGGGUGAAGUUUUAUUUGCUGCAGUCUAUUCCCGCUCUGCCAGUCUAUAAUUUUUUUAGUGCACACACUUUUUUUUGUUCAUUCAGUUCUGAACAUGAUUUCGUAGUCGACGUUGACAAAAGCGGACACACGAUAAACGUUAGCCGACGAUGUGUUUAUUUAGUUCUAAUUUUACUGAUGAUUUGUUUGUUUUUAUGAAGUAUAACGUUAAUUUCUCUUGUCUGCUUUGAUUACCUGUACUGAUUGUGUCCUUGGUCGCCUCGGUCUGUUUCUCUACCCGUGUGUGCCGUCCACAAGACCGACCGUCUGUUAAAGCCCAAUUCAAAUUUGAUUCCAACCCUUUACUUGCUAUAAUUCUCAUUUGUGGCCUGUUGCUUGUCAAGAUAUCCUUUUACCUGUAUGUAACAGCUCGUAUCCAUUCUGGACAUGUUUCCAGACCAUAAGCCUUCGUAUGUACUUGUUCUGAAUAAAGACUAGUCUUUGCAUCAAGUUGAAUAAAGGUCCAGCGGAUCUAACUUCUGCAUUGUAAAAUGGAUAUUGAUAGUGUAGAACAUCAAUAUACAAGUAGCAGUCAGCGUGCUCCAUCCCCAGAUUUGUUCUCCUCUGAUGAUGAGGAAUCAUACAGAGCAGAUGUUGUCUCGAAGUCAUCAUCGCCCAGUACUUCCUUGGUCAAUCCUUUGGUUGAAAAGAAGGAUUCUAUGCUUGAGCUAGAAUCAGCUCGCCUACAGCGUCUUAUGUCACUAUUACAGGGCGUUCCACCUCCACCUUCUGUUACUAUCCCUCAGAUAAAUUUAAAUGAAGUUCUUCAAAAACUUGAAGAAAAUUAUGAAAAACUAUCUGGAUCUUCCUCUAAAGAACCAGUUCACAGUCUGUGGAAACCAACUUCUUCAUUGGAGGGUGUGAUAAAAACAGAAUGGCCAUCAAUAAAAGAAGUGGUUUACCAUGAUAUGCACUUCAAUACAUGCACUGCCUCAGAGGAUAUAGAGCACAUUAGUAUGAAACUCACUGAACGUUUCAUUGGAGCUGAAACUUCUACUUGGUGCAAUGCUGUGACUUCACAACCCAGUAGUGCAAAAAAGAGGCAAAGAAGAAGCUUAGGCAAUGCUUCCCCUGGGUGCAGAUUGAGUCACUUGGCUCGAAGACGUCAAACUUUUUCAUCUGCCAACAUUGCUCAACUUUCCAGUGUAGCUGGAAGUGGAACUGCUGGUGGGGCUCCUCUCCCUGGGAGUAGCCGGUCAGCUCCACGUAGACGCUUAAUGAAUGGUGGGAAUGCUGGGCAGCGGUGUAUAAUGGUGGAAAUUAAAAAAACUGACAAAAACAAACGAGUUAAAACAAACUCUAAGGGAGCUCAGAGUAAAAUACCACCACCAGAAAGUGCCCCAAAACCCACCUCACAACCUCAAGUGCCUAUCCAGGGCACAAAAAGGGCAUUAUUUCAAAGUCCAGAGGAACACAAGCAUGCUCCUUCCCUAUCAAAUCAGCCUAGUGUUACAGAAAAUCAAGCUCAACGGUCAAAGAGAGCUUUAUGGCCAUCUGAUGGGGAGCAAUCUGUACUUAACGAUAAUGGUAAGAGAACUCUUGACAAAAGUGAUUCAUCAAAUUCUCAGAGGGCCAAAAUGCAUUGUUCAGAUGAUCGAGCCCCUUACAGUCGGCUAACAAGGAGUCUUACCUUUCCUGUAGGACAUAACUCUGGGACGUCUAAAGCCAGUGCUGUGGGCAGCAGCAAUUCUCACCUUAACAACUCUAAUGAUAAUUCCAAAUCUUCUUCUAGACGUGCAAGUGAUCAAGGACCCUCAGAUGGCAAUAUGAAAAUUGAACUAAGUGAAUUACAUAAGAGGAAACUCUUUUGGGCCAUAACCUCCGCUCUCCGUUCACAUAAUAUUAAUAGAAAUCAUCCGGCAUUCACUCAGUUAUCCUCUACAUUGGCAUAUCAUUAUAUUGAGAUUCGUUCUAAUAUGGACGGUCCUCCACCAGCUAGUACAAGUGAACACAUGCUCACUGUUGUGUCAUCUAAAGCUGCUGAAGUUAUUCAAGCUGAGAAAAUGGAAAAAUCUGAAAACUUGGGAGGUAACAAAGUUCAAAAGAAAGAAGAACGGUCAAACAGAGAGCUUUUUCGGGAUGCCACAGCCUCUUUAAAUGUUAGACGAAGCCUCUGUGUGCCUCUUUCAACAACAAAUCAGCACUCAGAAGAUAAACCUAAGGCCACAAAGAGAGUGCCAUCUGCUAGAAAAUCUUUAUCAUUUGAUGCAAUAGAUCCAAAGGCCUCCUCUGGCGUAACAGGUAAUGAAGAUCAUGUGGAAAAUGGUGAUAGUAAGUAUCAAUUAGAUGGUAAAGGGAAGGAUUCCAAUUGGAGAGGGAAUGGAGAAAAUGUACCUCUUUCAAGCGCAAAACGAGUUAGUCGUAGCUUAUUCUUAUCCCCUAAAGAUGAAAUAAAAACAGCUAAGAAGGAUGCUAGCGAACAAACAAGUGCAGCUGAAAAUCAGUCUAGUUCAGUUACUACUAAUGAUACGGGAGCUGACAUUAUUGACUGCAGAAGUGAAGAAAACAAGAAGUCAUCAGAAGUUUGUGAUGUGGAUGAGAAACCACAACAGGCUGGAAGUGAGUUGUCAUCUAUUCCUAGUGUGAGUGCUGCGUCUUCUACUCUUGAGGCUGAUAAUGAAGCUUCAAGAACAAGUGAAGCAACAAACAUCUCUGAACAAACUUACUCAAAUGAUGCUCAAAACCACACUGCUUGUCCAGAUCACAACAUUCCUUUGAAAGACAAUGUUAUGUUAGACAAGACUAAUGUUACUUCUAGUUCUUCUGCUAACCCUCAAGCAGAUUUAGGAAAUACUGACUCUUCUGAAUGUCUGCCAACUCGUGUGUUGAGAGAUACAAGGGAGAGAAUACUAAGAGCUUGCUAUGUGCAACCGAUGAGGAGGACCAGAAAGUCUCUCUCUCUUUCCAAAAGAGAGUUGAGAUCUAGCAGUUCUGAUUCAAUAGAACAAGAUCAUGCUAACAACACCCAUCCUCAAGACAGAGCUGCUGCACCAACACCUGCUGAAACUUACACUAGUAGUAUUACUACAAGUGCUUUGAAUAUGGAACCAACUGUUGUGUUAUCUCCUCUCAAAUUUCCAUCCCCAUCAGUGUCAGCUGAAAGCAAUAAUACAUCAAAAAGCACUUUUGGUAGUCCUCCAUUUAUUCCUGACAACACUUCCCCUGCCCAUUCUCCAUUCCUUGGUUUCCCCUCAAAGGACGACCAUAACUCAUCAGGUGGGGGAGCAGAUGGCACUGACAGCACUGUGAAAGUACCUGAUGGCUCAUCUGAAGAAGGCAAUCUGUCUGAGUCUACCUGUGCCAAGUUAGAAAUGGAAGAGAAAGUUAUCACUCCGUUACUCGAAGCCGGUGUUCUGGAGUCUUCUGUGUGUGUUGGGAGUGGAUCGUCACAAAGUACUGAUGCUGAUCUGACUUUCCGUGGACGAAUCGAAAGUUUAAAGCCUUCCACAUUCAGUGAGAAUGCUAUAAAUUUGGAGCUAGGAAUGAACUUGAGUGCAAAUCUUUUAAAUAUGGAUGAAAAUAAGGAAAAGAGUCCCGUGCUUGAGAAAUGGGCAGAGCGAGCAAGCAGAAGUGCUCAGAAGAGCUCACUUGAGUUUCUUGCUGAGGGUACCAAUGAUGUUACGAGUGAUGACUCUGCUGCUCUAGUUAAACCAACUGAGAACACAGCAGAGGAAUCUAUGGUGCCAUGGGAUGAGUCACAGAUGGAAGCAGUGUCUCAGUGUUCUACAAAUGUCUUUGAAAAGUUUUGUUCAAUUUUUGGUCCUUCUAGUCACCAAGGUAAUGCUUAAAAGUGAUUUGUAGGAAAGUCACCCGCAUGGUGGUUGGUUCCUUUGUGAUGUCAUAUUUUACCUACCUAUAAUUUUAAGUUUGACUGGCUAUGGAAAGACUGAAAUACGCCUCUUUGUUGUCAAUUUUAUUACUUUCAUGUGCAAAUUUUUAAUUGGUUGAAUAUUUAUUGCAGACAAAAACUCAAGGACUUAUGUUACAAAAAUUAUUGUUAAACCAUCUCAGUAUACAACCUUUUUUGUUUGUUUUUGUUUUCCUGGAGUUUUUCUGCUCUGCCACACAUGAAUUGUGGUAGUGUGUUGUAUAAAUUUCUUUGAAAUCCAUAGCUAUCACAGUAUUUUGUUUUAAACAAAAGGGCUGUGACCUCUUAUUUUUUAACAUUUUUAAGAGAACUAGUAGAACUAUCUUUGUGUGAUUCAGAUAUUUCAUCAAAACAAGGAUUUCAGACUGUCACAAUUUUAUCCUGCUUUUUUGGUUUCGUUUUUAUUGUCAUUGUUUUCAAAUGUAUUUUGCCUAUGUGCCUUACUACAUGUGAAGACUCUGCUGAGAUUAGCAUCCAUUUAAAUUUGUUCUCUUAACAAUGCUAAUUUUGAAAGGCAUCUGUUCUUUCAUUAUGUUGUAGUAUUUAAAGUGGACCAUGUUUUUUUUUUUGUUUUUUUUUUUUAGAAGGUCUUAUACUAUGUAACUUACAAAUCAUCAUAAUGAUUCUUCAUGAUUGUGCAGGUUGUAUGUUACUCAGUUUAAUGAUCUCAAAUGACACUGACUAUUGUCCUAUGUAUUUUAAAUUCCUGGAGUUCUACAUAGUGAAUGGUUUGAUUUUACGUCCAUGACUUAAAUAAUUGAUUCGGUCGUGUUAGACUAAAAUUGAUUUGUUUCCAAAAAAUAUAAACAAAAUAAAAAUGUAAAAAAAGUAUAUA